AUGCCCGGUCCCUUCUCCUCUCGAUCCUUUGCUGCCACACUCCCCAACUCGAUCGCCGCCCGCUACCGCAAGCAAUUGCAAAAGCACCCAUUCCUGCUUUUCGGGCUGCCUUUCAUGGCCACGAUCGUCGCUGGAUCUUUCAUGCUCACACCCGCCACGGCACUACGAUACGAGCGAUACGACAGGAAGAACCAGCAGAUUACACAGGAAGAGGCCAUGGGGUUAAGGCAGGAGCGAAGGAAGGUGAAUAUGAAGGAUGAGUAUUAUGCGAAAGAUCUCGAGGACUGGGAGCAGAGGCGUGUCAAGCGACUUCCUGGCGAGCCAGACGGAACACUUGUAUGA